UGUAUGAUGCUGUACGUCAUUGCGCCUGCGCAUACGAUAGACAGCUGAAAACUCAUCUAUUAUGCUACUUGGCUAAAUAAAAAUCUUCCAGAAAUCUGCUCGGAGGUCGCCGCUGGACACACCGGAGGACUCAAACGCAAAGUUGUGCGAUGGGAGUUUGUCUUUUUGGGGAAAGGUCGAGCUGAAGCAUCAACUCCAACAGCACCUGAACUGAACACGUGCCAACACACACCUGUGUGCCCUCACACACACACACACACACACACACACACCCUCAGACUGUAGAGGGAGUUGUUUUUUCACCUUUAGGUCAGACACUGCUGUCCCACGGUGCAUUGCAGAGUCACCGUCGUCCACCAUGUCGGACGCCCCCGAGGCUGCGCCCCCCAGCCCCCCUCCUCUCACCAACCCGCCCCCCCCUGAAGUCACCAAUCCCACCAAACCUGGCAGAAAAACCAACCAGCUGCAGUACAUGCAGAACGUAGUGGUGAAGACUCUGUGGAAACAUCAGUUCGCCUGGCCUUUCUACCAACCUGUGGAUGCCAUUAAGCUCUGCCUGUCGGACUACCACAAAGUGAUCAAGAACCCCAUGGACAUGGGAACCAUCAAGAAACGUCUGGAAAACAACUAUUACUGGAGCGCCAGUGAGGCCAUGCAGGACUUCAACACCAUGUUCACCAACUGUUACAUCUACAACAAGCCAACAGACGACAUCGUCCUCAUGGCUCAGGCUUUGGAGAAAAUCUUCUUGCAGAAAGUCGCUCAGAUGCCUCAAGAAGAAGUUGCUCUGCUGCCUCCAGCUCCCAAAGGGAAGAACAAGAGCAAACAGCCUGCUGCUGCUACUACAGUGAGUCAGCAGGCUGAGUCUUCAGCCUCCCCUCCCCCUUCUUACCCAUCCCCCUCCCCCUCUCAAACACCUGUCAUCUCCACCACACCCACAUCUGUUCAGGCCACACCCCCUGUCUCUGCCCCACAACCCCCAGCAACCAUGAUGCCAUCUGCACAGCCCGUCGUCAAGAAGAAAGGAGUGAAGAGGAAAGCCGACACCACCACUCCCACCACGUCAGCAAUCUCUGCCGGUCGUGCAGACUCUCCAUCUGCUCAGGACACCAAACCGGCCAAACUGGCUUCGUCCCGCCGCGAGGCCGCUGCCCACCCUGCUAAGACCCGCAGGGAGACGGGUGAGGAGGUGGCAGGGGGUGAGGUGGGAGGAGGAGGAGGAGGAGGAGCCGGAGGUAGGAAGGGAAGCAAGCUGGGUGAGCAGUUGAAACACUGUGAUGCCAUCCUGAAGGAGAUGCUCUCUAAGAAGCACGCCGCCUACGCCUGGCCCUUCUAUAAGCCGGUGGACGCCGAGGCGCUGGAACUGCAUGACUACCAUGACAUCAUCAAACACCCCAUGGACCUCAGCACUGUCCGGAAAAAGAUGGAUAAAGGAGAGUACAAUGAUCCUCAGAGUUUUGCAACAGAUGUCAGGUUAAUGUUCUCCAACUGUUAUAAGUACAACCCUCCAGACCAUGAAGUGGUGGCCAUGGCCCGCAAGUUGCAAGAUGUGUUUGAGAUGCGUUUCGCAAAGAUCCCAGAUGAGGGCCUGGAGGCCUCGGUCCCGUCUACAACACCACUGGUCAGUAAAAGCACCGCCUCCUCUGAGAGCAGCAAUAACUCCUCAUCCGACGAAUCGUCCGACUCCGAGGAGGAGCGAGCCACGCGACUUGCUGAGCUACAGGAGCAGUUGAAGGCGGUGCACGAGCAGCUGGCCGUCCUGUCCCAGGCUCCGGUCAGCAAACCAAAGAAGAAGAAAGAGAAGAAAGACAAGGAGAAGAAGAAAGAGAAGGAGAAAGACAAAGGGAACAAAGGAAAAGUGGAGGAAGAGAAGAAGCCGAAGACCGCCGCCCAGCAGCCAAAACCAGCCAAUCCGAAGAAGGCACCAACCAGGAAAGCCAACAGCACAGUGACCGCCGCCAGGCAGCCGAAGAAAGGAAAUAAGACGUCAGGCGGCGGCUCGGCCAACGGAGACGACGGCGAGGAGUCGUCCCUGCCGGUGGCAUACGAUGAGAAGCGGCGGGAUAUAAACCGGCUCCCGGGCGAGAAGCUUGGCCGUGUGGUCCACAUCAUCCAGUCCAGAGAGCCAUCCCUGAGAGACUCCAACCCUGACGAGAUCGAGAUCGACUUCGAAACCCUCAAACCGUCCACACUCCGAGAGCUGGAGCGCUACGUCAAAUCCUGCCUGCAGAAAAAGCAGCGGAAGCUCCUGCAGAAGGCAGCAGGAGGCGGGGCCUUGGGAGGCGGGGCUAGUCGUCUGAGUGGCAGCUCCUCUUCCUCCUCUGAUGACAGCUCCUCAACAGGAACCUCCUCUUCCUCUGACACAGACUGAACACACUCAAACACGCAGCACAUUUGUUACUGAGCACAUACACAUACACAUAUACACACACACACUGUCAGUUUACACAUGCACAUGCAGACUAACACACAUCCAUGUAAACCUGCAUCAUGAACAAACACACACACACUCAGAAACAAAAGGUAGAGACACACACUCUGAACUUGUGACAACACACACAAACAUCCAUCUGAACCACACACACGCGCCCAGACUUGGAGACUGUAUGUAAAUAGGUUGACCUGUUUUUUAGCUCCUAGUGUCGUUUUUUUGUUUCUUUUCUGGAGGGGUGCGGACAAACAGAAGAGGAGAAGAAGAAAGCAAUGACUUCCCAGCCGGAGGAGGAGGAGGAGGAGGGAGGGAGAAGGCUGGUAGACAGACAGGUGGCCUGUCUGACUGUUUGUGGGAGUCGCAUUAAUCUCUGAACACUUGAGCGUCACUGCCGUGGAGGGAGAUACAAACAUCACGACUUCCUUUUUCUUCUUGGUCUACUUGGGCGGCCGGCUGUGACCCCUGACCUCUGCAAACAUUCCAGAAGCAUCUUUAGAGCAUCAUGGAGAGGAGGAGGAGAUCUCAAUGGGUCUUAACACUGAUCAAGGUUUCACCGAUUGAUCCACUGGGAGUGGAGCUGUCAAAAUUUAAAGUUCCCCAAAUGUUUGUCUUCAGGUUGGUAAAGCUUCAGAGACAAAGUUAAGAGCAUCACUGGACGAAGCCUGGAGACUAGCGAGGUUCUGCUGAUGGAUUAUGUCACGUGAGCUGAAAGAACAGCAUCCAGAUGUGGGUCAAAACUCAACAGUCAACAUCUGGAGGCUUGAAACUUGCUGGAGAGAGAGAGAGAGAGAGAGAGAACAGCUGGUGUUUAGUUGGUGACCUGAGACCGGCGAGUGUUUUAAAGCUCCACUCACAGUGUCACUACUUCCACCAGUGUGCAUCACUCCAUGAAACUUGUGUACAGUCAGUUCAUUAGUCUGCAGUUUUCACUGUAGCAGGUUUUUGUACUUUCCCUGGGGAAAAAAAACAACAUUUCUGUGCUGCAGACCAAAAUAGCAUGUGUCAAAUGCAGCGGAGCACGCUGAGCGAUCCGUCUGCGGAGGGCAUCCACACCUCAGUAUUACACAGGUUCCUGUUGUAUGGAGAUCGGUCAGAGGUGUGUUACAUCACUUAUGUCGACGGCAUAAAAGUAAGAAGACGACUGAAGAGCGGGUUGAAACUGGAGCUGUGGUUGGUUGUCGGGGCUGACUGCAGCAUUGUUUUCAGCAUGUGCAGGGGGCGAGUUGAAGCUAAAACAAUAUGAUGAUCAUAAAAUUCUGCAGCCAACAGUCACUGUGAGAAUCUCUCACCCGGUUUCUCAGAGGUCUUGUUUAGUUUGAGCAGCAGACAACAUCUCAGAGAUUCAGUCCCAUGAAAGGUCUCAGCUGAGGCAGCGCCACAUGAAAUUAACUGUACAGAAAGAUGGAGUAUCUCUCUGCAGCAAGUUCCACGUCUCUGCCGGUGUUCUCUCUAAAAACGAGUUGAUUUCUAAUGUAACCGGAUGGAACCGAUCUUAAAAACUGAGGGAUAACUUGUAAAACAAUCAGGUGUAGAGCCGAUUGAUGAAAGGUCGUCAGUCUGCUUCUCGGACUCUGACCUUCCUCCACUGCGCCAGAUUUCUCCUCAGUUACAACAAAAAUCCUCUGAGACUCUGCUGGUCCCACAACCCCAACCCACAACCUACUGUCUGCCCUGGGGUCAACACUGGGGGGUCGCUGGACCCUGACCCCCUAUCCAGCGCCGGCUGUCAGCAGAGAGCGGGACAAACCUUUUAUUUUUUUAACACUACAUUUCCUUUCUUUUCUUUUUCUCUUUGAGUUUCCAGGUUGUGUGCUGAACUUGUUUGUGUCUUAUAAGGUUCUCUAUAUAAAAUGUCUUUGUACCGCUGUCCUGUUCUGACCCCCCAAAACAAAACCACUCAUACUGUAACAUGGCCCCCGCCUCCCAGAUGUAGGGAAGAGUCCUGGUCAGACCUCAGUGUGAGGUCGGAGGUUAAAGGGAGCACAUGAAAGCAUCGGUUUAAAAAAUACAUUUCUCUAGAAAAGAACAAAUUCAUGAAUUAUAAUUAAUUCCAUCUGCAAACUGUUGAGCUGUGGAAUCUGUGUGUGAAGUACUGUGGAGCAGUACUCUCUAAUACUCUCAGUACUUUGAGUAUUUAACAGUCCAGCUGCCCCACAGAGACACCAUCACUAACAUAACAGAACUUGUUUCAAAUAUUUUAAAGAAAAAAAUCCUUUUUCCUCAUGAGUUAUUAGUGGACCUCACCGAGUUUUCGUCUUAAAAUGUCCAAAAUAAAGACGGUGCUCAUUGUGUGGAACAAACUUUUUUUAACGUUUUUACAUGAAUGAAAAAAGAAGGUAAAGACUAAUUAUGUGCCUCAUUUUAGCACCAAUUUUAACACCUUUUAAAUCAUUUCGUUUUAGUGCAGUUUGUUGUGACAGGCUGUAACGGGGUCAAUUCAGCUUCCUCUGGAGUUUCCUUCAGUGUUUUUCGAGCUCUAACAAUCACAUUGAAACCUGGGCCGUUGUCCUCUCUGAGACCCGUCGUGCAUUUCUCCCUCGCAGCUUUUCCAGAUGCAUUCAGUGGAUCUGUGUGAAACUGUACGUGCGCAGACGAACACUCACGGAAGCAUUUGAAAGCCCUAUGGGGUUCCUUAAUGUAGUUCAGUUUAGAGGUUGUUGGGUGUUUCUGGCACAGACUGACGACAUCACAACUCUGUAGUCACCUGACUAGGGUGUUGCAGUCAGCUGAUGCCUUCAGUGGAGCUUGGCAUUUUCUUAGGAGGCUUCCUUAUGUUUGGGAUGAAGCAGACAUCCCACAGCUGUACAUGCGGCAGGUUUCUGAUCCGAGUCAGGGUGGGUCCAGGUCAAGAUAAAGGAAAAUGUGAAAUGAAAGACAAACCUCCAUGUUUCUUUAAACCACUUGUCUGAUGCCGUGCUCCACUCUGACUGGUUUUUGUGACAGUUGUACCACUGUGUUGUAAUCUCAGGUCACCACCAGGUGUUCAUCGGUUGGGCAGAGCUGUGGCUCAGAUAGCCAAUAGGAAUGAGGUGUGCAGCAGAACACUGAGCUGAUCUCUGGGUGGUUGUUAAGAUUGACACUGGGUGUUUCUCUUAUAAGCACCAUCAUUUCCUUCCGUUGCGUCUUAGCCCCACUCACGCAAGAUGUGAGAAGUGAGGGCAUGAGGAAACAUGUUACUAAUAACAUGAGAAGUCCUUUCCUCUGAUCCUACAUCUGAAGCAUCCAGUCACCAGCUGAGUUCUGAUAAAGGAGCAUGUUGGUCCAUGAAGACUUCCGUGAAGGAUGCUCUCAUGUGGCCUCGGUCAUGGCUCCUCAGAGCCAGUAUAAGAAACUUUGCUCAUCCUUGUUCAAUCAAGGAUGUAGGAGAAACACCCAGUUUCAUCCAACCAAGUCACCUCUAUGCAGCUGUGCUCAAAGGCAGAGGUUUUUUCACCCUGAGUAUCGCCUCCAGGUGCAAACAGAUUGCUUCCAGUGAGAUCUACCCACCCUGCACCCCCUGAACCGGCUGUGAUGUCCCGAUUCUAAUGAGUAAAUAUUGAUCAGUGAUGUUGGCUGAAUGUUGAUUAAUGUUAGGUGCAUGGCCAAUCAGAUCCAAGCUAGUGAUGGAGCAGUGGAUGGAUCAAUGGAUUUGAUUAGAACAGAUCUGAUGAGUCCGUUUUUUUGUUAACUCUCUGUAUCCACUUAUCUCUGUCCUCCAUCUCAUUUCAGAGUAAAUCUGUUUAUUUGGCAAACUAACUUCUGGUUUUUGAAGCUUUCCACCAGAUGUCACGGCCUUCCUCAGCGCGUGGAUUCACUCAGCUGUGAUGGAAGUGUGAAAUUUUGUCUACAAACAAACUGAUCACACUUGAGAGAUUGAGCAAACACCUCAGCUUUAUUUUGGACAUUUUACAGGCAGAUCAAUAACCGACACACCAAAACAGUGAUCGUGUCCUCCAGGUGUGACUGACAGGUGGACAGCUCAUUGCCACAGCAACCCUCCUCUGUUUGUUUUUAGUUGAUGGUCGAGCUUUGAUGCUAUAGUUAAUUUUGUAUUUUAAUAAGAAAAAGGCAAAAAGUGGAUUUAUGUAUUUGCAUGCACUCCGGCCGUACGUUCUUUCUUCCGUAUGUUUGAGCACUGUAUAGUAGCUGUAUAGUAGCUGUCUGAGGUGUAGACCGGACUCCGCUCGAUAGAGUAGAGACACAGAGAGAGGACAACCUGACGACAAACCAACAAGUCAGUUAUUUGAUGUAAUUACUGAUAUGGGAUCCUUAUUUUCUGAGUUCCUUUGUUUUCAUAAAUAAACACAUAAAUUGA